AGCCAGGGCCCUGCUCCCAGUUAAAACCCGCUCUCUGCCUUCCCUGCUAAUCUCACUCGCAGGCCAUUGCUCUGUGUCCACUGCUCAUCCCUUCUGUGCUCGCUGCGCCGAGCCCACUUAUCCGCCAUGAGCUCUUCCGAGGAAGAUGUGGCUGGUGGUGCGCCCUCCGAAACCCCGCCCGCCACGGCCGAGAUCCAGGCCAUCGCCGACAAGAUAGGCGGCCCGCUGGAGGAGAAGGAAAACAAGAGGUACCCCACUUUCAAGGCCACGGAGUACAAGAGCCAAGUGGUCGCGGGGACUAACUACUUCAUCAAGGUUCAAGUUGCAGAUGAUGACUUCGUGCACCUUCGAGUGUUUGAAAGUCUCCCUCAGGAAAACAAGGCCUUGGCCUUGCACAAUUAUCAGACCAGCAAGACCAAGCAGGACCAGCUGGCCUAUUUCUAGUUCUGGAUUUUGAACUGGACCUUCACCAUGUGGUUCUCUGUCACGUGUUCGCGUGCCGGGGUCAUGAACGCCGUCUCUAUGCUGUGCCACUUUCUCUGGAGGGGCUGCUCUGCACCAAUCUGAUGUCUCUGCCUCUGACUUUAACAGCGUGGUUUUCCUCCCAACCAAUGAUCUUAACUAAAUUGCUUUCCAAGAGGGCUGAAGUGAUCUCUAAAUAAAUACAUUUUCAAGUUUCUGCAAA